CAAACACGGGCAGUUGCCAUGGAUUCAUCUGGCAAUGCUGGAAAUGUGACAACCCAAUUCCGGACGAUUACCCUUAUGCUGAGUGCAGUAUCUGUAAACCCAAUCCUAUGGAUACUGACGAACCCACUGUCAGGGACGUAGUGAUUUGGGUUCAGGACUCUUUUAAGAAGCUAGAGGACAAAUUAGCCUUGUCCGCAUCCAGUCCUAAGUAAUCCAGAAGAGAUGUGGCUCCAUCUCUAGGCAAGGAUUAUACUGUACUUGACGUGGUGUAUCCUUCAACUGACUCUGAAGAGGAGAGAUUCUCAACUCAGAGUCUGUUUCCAAUUGAAAGGAUCCAAAAAUUGAUAAAAUUGGUGCAGACUGAAGGUCUGCCUGAUGACGGAGAGACCCCUUCUACUUCCAAGGGUCCGGGGGUCUUCUCUUUUGAUGAGACCAAAAGGUCCCUUAUGAAAAGAGAAUUUAAAAACCCUGAGAAGGCUCCAGUUAUAGCCAAGAGGUUCCGUACUUUGUUCCCUUUCUCUGAAGAGGAGACCUCCUCCUGGGUUUAGCCACCCAAGGUAGACUUUGCGGUCUAAAAGGACCAUUCGUUACGCUGAGGAUGGGUCGAACUUGAAAGAUCCCAUGGAUAGACGCAUGGAACUUACUUUAAAAAGAGCCUAUUCUACGGGGUCUAAUCUGGUGGCAGCUGACACUCAUGAAGUCUCAAGAGGAUUAAAUAGAUGACUAUCUCAAGCCCAAGAUGAUAUUGACUCUGGAGUCAAAAGAGACGAUAUCUUGGAUAGCUUCAGGAAAGUCAACCUAGCCAUAGAUUUUUUGGUUGAUUCAGCUGCACAACAAAUUACCCUUGCCUCUAGAGCUAUGGCCCUCUCUACUGCUGCCCGUAUGGCUUUGUGGAUACGCCCUUGGGGGGCAGACAAUUCUUCCAAAUUUCAACUUUGCAAUCUUGAUUUUGUCCCAGGAAAGUUAUUUGGCCCUCAGUUAGAUGAGAUUAUGGAGGGUAUGGCUGACCGAAAGGGGAAAGUCUUACCCCUUGCAAGACCCGCACAAAGGAUCUCCAGUAGAGAAUACUCACCUCCCAGAUCCAGAGUUACAGAGGGAGAGGCUCUAGAGGUCAGAGAAGAGGUGCUGGUUCCUCUAGAGAGGGAAACAAGAAACCUGACUUUUGAUGUUUUGCGUCUUCCUGUGGGGGGCCGUCUUCAUUUUUUUUCUUCCUGCCUGGGAACGUUUAAUACAGGACAAGUUUGUCCUAUCAAUAAUUUCAGACGGGUAUUUGCCUCUUCUCCAUCAGUGCCCUGGAGAAAGGUUCAUUUUUUCUCCCCAGUUGAGUUCUCCAAAGAGAGAGAUACUGGAGGAGUCCAUUCUGGAACUUCUUGCCCUAAGGGCAGUAGAACCAGUUUCCCCUUCCGAAGUAGGAAGAGGAGUGUACUCUCCCGUCUUUUUAGUUCCCAAACCUUCAGGCAAAAAUCGGUUGAUAAUAAUAGAUCUCGGAUAUCUAAACCAGUUUAUUGUCGGGAAGAAAUUCAGAAUGGAGACUAUCCUCACAGUGAAGACAAUACUUCAGCAGGGGGAUUUUCUAGCAUCCUUCCACAUCCCCAUUCACAGGUCUUUUCGGAAGUUUUUAAGGAUUGCAGUGUGGGUUCAGGGAACCCUGUUGCAUCUACAGUUUCGAGUCCUACCCUUCGGGAUCUCGACAGCCCCCUUCAUUUUUACGAAGGUAGUCUCCGCCAUGAUGGCAGUGCUUCACUUAAGGGGAAUAAAAGUUGUCCCUUACCUGGACGAUUGGCUGCCAUUAGCAGAGUCCAGAGAAUUAUUGAUAGAGCAUAUUCAGAUAACUCUCAGACGUCUUCACGAUCUAGGCUGGGUAGUAAAUCAAGAAAAACCUUGUCUUCACCCAUCCACAAGGGGAUCUUUUCUUGGAUUCAGAAUCAACACGGAUCAGAUGAUGCUUUAUCUGUCAUUAGAGAGAAAAGUUUGUCUAAUAGCUGCUGUGAAACAUUUACUCAGACUUCACCAGAUAUCGAUAAGAACCUUAAUGAGGGUCCUAGGGCUGAUGUCCUCUUCUAUAGAGCCAGCCUAGACAGGAAGGUAAGUCUGUCAGCGUCAGUUUGAGGCUCCCUAACUUGGUGGACAGGCCUACAGGAUGGCGAGCACUUAGAGGAGCCGAACUGGAUCAUACUUACCACCGACCCCUCAGGCACCGGAUGGGGAGCCCAUAUGCUUCAGGAAACAGUUCAGGGAACUUGGAAGCAGGCAGAAAGGAUGAUGUCAUCCAAUGCAAGGGAACUGAGAUCCAUUUAUUUGGCUUUCCUAUACUUUUCCCCUCUCCUCAGGGAGAAGCCAGUAAAAAUCAGAACCGACAACAUAGUGUUGGUAUAUUACAUCAACAAGCAAGGGGGCACCAGAUCAGGAACCCUACUAAGAGAAGUAGACAAGAUCAUCACGGAUAUCUGCAGUUCACAUCAGGGGGACACACAAUGUUCUUGCGGACUGCAUAUCCAGGGACACCACACUACCAGGGGAAUGGUCACUAAACCCGUCAGUUUUUCUCCAACUAACCAGAAUGUGGGGAGUACCAGAGGUGGACAUGAUGGCCACAAAAGUCAACGCAAAACUCAAGACUUUUUGCUCCCUAUAUCCGGAGGACAAUCCGUCAGUAGUGGAUGCCAUGACCAUUCCCUGGACAUACCAUCUAGUGUAUGUGUUUCCCCCUGUACCAAUGAUUCCCAGGGUAUUGAGAAAGAUCAAGAAGGAUCAAGUAUCAGUAAUUGCAAUAAUGCCAUUCUGGCCCAAGAGAUCCUGGUUUGCCCUACUCAUGUCUAUGAGUCGAGGGAGUCAUUGGACGCUUCCUCUCAGAUCUGGUGACACAAGGAACACGGUUCUGUCACAGCCUCAGAUCAUACAAUCUGACAGGUUGACUGCUCCCUAUUAAGAGACAGGGGCUAUUCUGGAAGAGUAUUGGACACUCAAGGAGUGAAGCUACCAACAGGUCUUACGCCAGAAUUAGAAAAAUAUUUCAGACCUGGUCCUUGUCUAAGGGCAUUAAUCCUGCUAACCCUUCCAAUCCUGAGAUCCUGGAUUUCCUUCAGGAUGGCUUCGAUAAAGGACUUUCACUCAGUACAUUAAAGGUGCAGAUUUCGGCUCUAUCUGCGGUUCUUCAUAGGAGACUUCUUUUUGUACCAGAAUUCAAAUCUAUUAUUAGGGCGGUGUCUCGUCUCAGACCCAGAAUUACUAGACCAGUUGCUCCCUGGGAUCUUCCUUUGGUUUUAAAGAAGUCGUCUCUUCAUCCGUUUGAACCCAUCCAGGACGUUGAUCCAAAAUUGCUUUCCUUGAAGACAGUAUUAGCCAUCACUUUUCUACCAAAACGUCCAUCCUUCCAGGACACCAACCAGGUGAUUGCGUUACCUACUCUUCCAGAAAAUACCGACCAACUUCUAAAAAAUUUAGAAAGAAAGUUUUUCUAACCCGGUUAUCAAUACUGCCAAGCAUUGAGACCCUCCCUAUGGGGUACUCUCCUUGCUAUAUCCCCAUAUUGUGCUGCUGAACGGAGACGCUAGGGAAGAUAUGAUUUGAUUGAU